AAAUAUCAAUUUAACAUCCGAGGUGUAGUUUGCGUAUUUAUUAAGGAAUGGAUACCCUCUUUCCCCUCUCUGGUUAGGGUUUCCGAUCUUCUUGCCGUAUCUAAAUUCUUGUCUAGACACUUAGGGUUCCAUUCCAUACUUCCAUUUCUCUUGUUUACUCAGCCGGCAAUCAUACAUCUCGCCAUAUCUAUCCGACGGUCCGACGGCACGACGCAACGACGCCUCCAGCCCUCCACUGAUUCGACGCCUCUUUCUCCGACCGUCCGACAAUCAGCCAUCCACUGAUUCGACGCCUCCAGCUUUCCAGUCCCCGAAUCAACGCAUCCAUCCCUCCACUGAUUCCGUUCCCUCAGUUUUUUUUAGAUUUGUGAAAGUUUAUUAAUCCAAUGGGAAAGAAAAAAACCGAUGAGGGUGGAGAGAAGGGUAAGCAAAGCACCAAAGAAGGAAAGAAAGAGAAGCUAUCAGUGUCAGCCAUGCUUGCCAGCAUGGACCAGAAACCUGAUAAAGCAAAGAAAGUAACCUCCUCAAGCUCUACCACCCGUAAUCCUAAAACCAAAGCACCUCCAAAAUUACAGUCCUAUGCAGACAUUGAUCUACCUCCUUCAGAUGAUGAAGAAGAUGAUGAUGCAGAGUAUGAAUCUGGAGAAGAAGUUCAAAAAGGAGGACCCAAAAAGCCCAGCAGGAAAGAAAGGGCUAAUGACAGGAAUCUUGAAGUAUCAAUAACCGAGAAAGAUUUAAAGAAACGAGAAAAGAAGGAUAUGAUUCAUGCCCAAGUAAUUGAACAAGCCAAACAAGAAGCUUUAAAAGAUGACCAUGAUGCAUUCACAGUGGUGAUAGGUAGUAGGGCCUCAGUUCUUGAUGGUCAAGAUGAUGCAGAUGCAAAUGUAAAAGACAUAACAGUGGAUAAUUUCUCAGUUUCUGCACGAGGGAAAGAGUUGAUGAAAAAUGCAUCUGUGAAAAUCUCUCAUGGAAAGAGAUACGGGUUAGUUGGACCCAACGGAAAGGGAAAGUCAACCCUCUUAAAGCUUCUAGCUUGGAGAAAGAUUCCUGUUCCCAAGAACAUAGAUGUUCUUUUAGUCGAACAAGAAAUAGUUGGUGAUGACAAAACUGCCCUUCAAGCUGUAGUUGCAGCAAAUGAGGAGCUUGUUAAGCUAAGACAAGAAGUCGCCACAUUGUUGGAAUCACCCGAGGGCGAAAAUGGAAAUGAAGUCGAUGAUGACGCGGGAGAAAAACUUGCUGAAUUAUACGAAAAGUUACAGAUAAUGGGUUCAGAUGCUGCUGAAGCACAAGCUUCCAAGAUUCUUGCUGGAUUAGGGUUCACAAAAGCUAUGCAAAUUCGUGCCACAAGAUCUUUCAGUGGUGGGUGGCGUAUGCGAAUCUCAUUGGCUCGUGCUCUUUUUGUUCAACCUACUUUGUUACUACUAGAUGAACCCACAAAUCAUCUUGACCUGAGAGCUGUUCUUUGGCUGGAAGAAUACUUAUGCAGAUGGAAGAAAACUUUAGUUGUUGUUUCACACGAUAGAGACUUCUUAAACACUGUCUGUAAUGAAAUAAUCCAUCUCCAUGACUUAAAACUCCACAUGUAUCGUGGAAACUUUGAUGAUUUUGAAAGUGGGUAUGAACAACGUCGCAAAGAAAUGAAUAAAAAAUUUGAAACUUAUGACAAACAGGUCAAAGCUGCUAAAAGAGCCGGGAACCAAAAACAACAAGAGAAAGUCAAAGAGAAGGCAAAAUUUGCAGUCAAAGAAGCGAAAAAGAAAUCAAAAGGGAAAGUGGAUGAAGAUGAAGAGAUCCCAGAAGCCCCACAAAAAUGGAGAGAUUACACAGUCGAGUUUCAUUUUCCCGAACCCACCGAGUUAACUCCACCAUUGUUACAACUAAUUGAUGUUAGUUUUAGUUAUCCAGAAAGAGACGAUUUUCGAUUAUCUGAUGUGGAUGUUGGGAUUGAUAUGGGGACACGUGUCGCGAUCGUGGGGCCCAAUGGUGCUGGAAAGUCAACUUUACUCAACUUACUUGCAGGUGAUUUGAAUCCGACUGAAGGUGAAGUGAGGAGAAGUCAGAAGCUAAGAAUCGGGAGAUACUCGCAACAUUUUGUUGACUUGUUGACCAUGGGUGAAACACCGGUUCAAUAUCUACUCCGGUUACAUCCAGAACAAGAGGGGUUUAGCAAGCAAGAAGCAGUUCGUGCUAAACUUGGUAAAUUUGGGUUGCCAAGUCAUAAUCAUUUGACUCCAAUUGCUAAAUUGUCAGGGGGACAAAAAGCGCGUGUUGUUUUUACAUCGAUUUCAAUGUCAAAACCGCAUAUUUUGUUGCUUGAUGAGCCUACAAAUCAUUUGGAUAUGCAGAGUAUUGAUGCACUUGCGGAUGCGCUUGAUGAGUUUAGUGGUGGGGUUGUUCUUGUGAGUCAUGACUCGAGGUUGAUUUCUAGGGUUUGUGAUGAUGAAGAGAAGAGUGAGAUUUGGGUUGUGGAUAAUGGGGUUGUGGACAAGUUUGAGGGGAGUUUUGAGGAGUAUAAAGAGGAGCUUCAGAAGGAGAUUAGAGCUGAGGUUGACGAAUGAUUGAUGUGGGAACUUGAAGGCAUCUUGAUUAUAAUGGAGCAUUUCUUUGGUGGUUAUAUAUUUGCACUUUCAUAUGGAGAUUUUGAGGCCUCUAUUAAAUAUGCAUUUUUUUGAAACUUUUUGUUAAGUAUUUGCGAAUUGUUUUUAUAUGAUACUGAUACCUAAGUGUUGCUUGUGUUGAACACGUAGGACAUGAUUACAUUUGUUCUAUUGUGCUUUUGUGUAUGCUUUAUAGCUUAAUAAGGUCAACAUGCCCACAAUGUUAAUUCCUUUUUAAGGCAUUUAUAAUACUUUUAGCAUGCAAUGUCAACAUUGGAUUAUGCAAAAUGACUUUCGAGUAAAUACCAAUCUUUUGGGUUU